CUCAAAAAAACCCCACAUUGGUGUUGGUAGAAUUGAACUCGUGGCUUCAGGACUUCAAUUACAGCUGUUUUCAUAACAUUGGGUCUUUUCGACCGCUUCAGGACUUUAGUGUCGGCUCCUUUCGUGACUUUGUUUCUUUUCGCCGCUUCAAGACUUCAGUGUCGGGUUCUUUCGUGACUUCGGGUCUUUCUGUGGCUUCAAGACUUCGUCUGUUUGGCACUUCCGCUUUCGGCUGUUCGGGACUUCGAUCAAGCGGCACCGCUUUGGAGCUGCCUUCAGGCCUGGGCCCGGGACAAUUGUCCCCUCUGUCCCCCCCUGAUGGCGGCCCUGAAUGCCCCUAUGGCCUGUCAUAGCAGAGAAGUGAAAGAGAUGAAGCAGGUUCUGAAUAAAAGCCAAGUAUUGACUAAAGUGUGACAGUGUAUGCUGCAGUCACACUGAUUGUUGCCACCUCAUUUUAGAUAAAGUCCUGCUGCAAAUCAUAAACCGAAAAUGUCUCCAGAAUCCAGGAAACUGCUGAAUAUUGUUAUCUUGGGUGUAGGCUUUAUGUUUAUGUUCACCGCCUUCCAGACAAGUGGUAAUGUAGCGCAAACUGUCAUCUCCAGCUUGAACAGCACCAGUUUCCACGGAAGUGGUUAUACAAGCUUGGCCAUUAUAUACAGUGUGUUCUCGGCCUCCAAUCUCAUUGCGCCUUCUGUCAUUGCCGUGAUUGGGUGUCAGAUGUCCAUGUUCCUAAGUGGACUUUUAUACAGCGCCUACAUUGCUAUGUUUAUUCAGCCUUAUACCUGGUCUUUUUACACUUUAUCCGUUUUGAUUGGAAUUGCAGCUGCUGUUCUCUGGACUGCCCAAGGAUCCUGUCUCACUAUUAAUUCUGAUGACAGAACCAUUGGAAGGCAUAGUGGCAUAUUUUGGGCUCUCUUGCAAUUCAGCAUGCUGUUUGGAAACCUCUACAUCUAUCUGGCUUGGAAAGGAGAGAUAAGUAUUUCUGAUAAGGAUCGCAGGACGGUGUUUAUAGCUCUGACGGUGAUUAGCUUGGUGGGGUCAGUGCUGUUCUUUCUCAUCAGAACACCAGAUUCUGAUACUGCACAAGAGGAUGACGCCUUUGAUUCUGUAACUGAUACAGAAGGGGAUAUGUCUUCUGAAGGGUGUUUAUCAAAAGCCAUGGAUGCUUUCAGAAAGUCCCUGAAGUUGUUCAUUACUAAAGAGAUGCUCCUUUUAAGCAUACUGGUGGCAUACACAGGCCUAGAGCUGACGUUUUAUUCUGGUGUGUAUGGAACUUGUAUAGGCUCCAUGAACAUCUUUGGAGCUGACGCCAAGAGCCUCAUUGGUCUUUCAGGGAUAUUUAUUGGCCUGGGAGAAGUUUUGGGCGGGGGGCUCUUUGGGUUGCUUGGAAAGAACAAUUACUUUGGUCGUAAUCCUGUGGUCAUCCUAGGAGUGGUUGUUCACUUUCUGGCUUUCUACUUGAUAUACCUCUAUAUGCCUAGCGAUGCCCCCAUUGCUUCUCGAGAUGGAACUGACCUCCAGGCAUUUAUAAAUCCCAGCAAAACCUUAGCCCUGGCCUGCAGUUUUCUGCUGGGAUUGGGAGACAGCUGCUACAACACUCAAAUGCUGAGCAUUCUGGGAUCCCUCUACCCCGAUAACAGUGCCCCUGCCUUUGCAGUCUUCAAGUUUGUCCAGUCCGUCAGCGCAGCUGUGGCAUUCUUCUACAGCAACUACCUCCUUCUGCACUGGCAGCUGUUGAUCCUGGUGAUAUUUGGCUUCUUUGGCACAAUAUCUUUUUUCUUUGUUGAAUGGGGACUGGCACAGAGAUCCCUGUAUAACAGCAUGUGAUGUUAACCAUUGCACUCCUGCCUGCCAUCAAUAGCAAACCUGGCAACCAGUUCUGUGCCACUUGCCAGGGAUACCCCUGGUAUUAAGCUGUGACAUUUUUCUAUGCAGCACCCUUAACCCACCAUAGUGAUGCAGUGCAAAGUGUGGCAGCUUUCAUUGUUAAGAUGCUGUUGAAGACCUGCAAACAUGACAGCUGCUGAUAUGUCUGCCAACACUGCUACCAACUGCAAUUAGGGUUAGGGCUGUUAUUAAAUGGACUCGUCCAGUUCCACUGGGCAAAACUAUAUUUUAAAGGGAUGCUGUUAGUGUUUGUGCUGCCACAUUGUUCAUUUUUAUUCAUAAAUCUGUUUUUGUUCAGAAAGGGAAGGAUUUUUUUAAGCACUGCCUUUGCACAGUUUUUUGUUUUUUUUUUAAAUAUAUAUUGGGCGCUUUUGUUUAGUUCAGUAUUUACACCUCUAUUCCAAGCCUAGAAUUGAUUCAGGUGCCAAAGUAGUAGGCCGGUUCUACAAAACACUCCAGUUGCCAGAGUUGUUCUCUGCAACAUUCUAAAGUGCUUGAUAAUUAGUCCCUGGUUUAUUGCUGACUGCUUACACUCAGGGCUGCAUAGAAACCAAUGCUUUGUUUGUUUUACAAUUUUAUGUUUGGGUGGGCAAUGCCCCCAUUCUCUGACAAGCCGAAAUAUGCGCCAACAAAAAGGGCAUUAUGGCUGCUGCUGCUCUAAAGACCGCAAGAGUUUACCUUUUGAAUAUUACAGGUAUAGCUUCAAUUGUGACUUCAAAUAACCUAAUUAUUUUUCCUUUUCCUUUUUAUUAUCUUAUCAACCCUCCUGCUGUUAAGGAGUAAAAUCAGUACUUUUCAAGUUGACAGUAAAAAGAAAACUGAUGCCA